AUGAGCAUCGAUAAGGCCGGGGAUAUCUUGCGGCCACUCAGCGACGCUGAGGUGGACGAACUGCUCGGCCUUUACCAACAGAAGUGUGGUGUGAGGAACUUCCACUACCUGUUGCUCUACAACCAGCGGAAGUGGGACCGCCAGUUGGACGAGGCUGGGAUAGAGCGCGGUGACCCGAACUACAUCUCCCUGAGAAAGGAGUUCUUCACACACAGGAGGGGGGACUUCCGGCAGUGGGGCACCUAUGUGAGUCUUCACCGGGACAUCGUGCAGAGCGUCUCCUUCUUCAGCUGGCAGCCCGGCGGGGCUCCGGAGAUGUGGGAGUGCCUGGAGCGCACGCAGCUGAUCGAGUGGACGCAGGGCGCCCUACUGACCAAUGUGGAUCUCCAGUUCUGUGCCCAGGUCAAGGAGUUGGCCCUCAAACGGGGUGUCACCUCCAUCCAGCCGCGUCAGUGCUUCGGCAUGGUCCUGCCGCAUGGCGAAGCCACAAAUGCAGCAGUCCCAGAGCUGCUGUCCGAGUUCGACAUUCGGCCGCUGCGGGACGAGGAUGCGGCCAUGGUGCACGAGACCUGGCCCAACAAGGGCGAGGGCUCGCUCGCUUACCUCCGGGCGCUGACUCGCUUCAACAAAUCUCUGGGAGUGUGCCGCAGCGACACCGGCGAGCUGAUUGCCUGGAUCUUCCAGAACGACUUCUCCGGGCUUGGCAUGCUUCAAGUGCUGCCAAAGGCGGAGCGCAGAGGACUAGGCGGACUCCUGGCGGCUGCGAUGACCCGAAGAAUUGCCAGAGGCGAGGAUGUCACCUUGACGGCCUGGAUUGUGUCCACCAACUGGCGCUCGGAGGCACUGCUGAAGCGGAUCGGCUACCAGAAGGAGGUGGUCAACGAGUGGAUCAAGCUGGUACCCAAUCCGUCGUAGGCACACUAUCCUAAGGUGGACUGGGGGCGCCGCUGGACAUUGCGUUGGUCAGUGGCAGAAACGCCAAAUAGGUUAGGUCAAAACGUACACAGCGAUUUGCAUUUGCUAUGCCUAUGUAUGUACACGGUCAACAAUUUUAUUCUUGAAUUCAACGUGCGCUAACGCUUUCUGAAUACACUUUACAGCCUAGUAAAAUUGAAAAACAAAUUAUAAGCUAGCGGGGUGGGGACAUGGAAAUCAGGGUCUUGACCUACUUAUUUACACACUCCGCUCACCUACGAGCCUUUAUCAAAAAUACAGUUUACAUUGCUAUGCGUUUUGGACUAACUUACACGUACUUUACGCACUUCUGACUCAAUCGGCACAACAUUCUAAUUUUUAUUUUCGAGUUUAAUUCUAAAAUUCAUAGCUCACAUUCUGAAUACAACUUGUGUAUACUUUUUGUUAUUAUUGCGAGUCGUACACGUAGAAACAUUUACAGAACAACACAGACACUCUGUCAGUUAAUUCACUAAUCACUAAUAUUUAGCCAUAUUGUAUAAGCACCCUCCGCGCCUUGCUUCUUAUUUAAUUUUCAAAAUUAAUAAAGCAAGCAUACCCUUAUGUUCUAAUCGCAGUUUGGUGCCUAGUUUAUUCCACAUUGUAUACAUAUAAAACAGACACUUACGAUUAAAACAUAAAGAUAUUUUCGUUCUUCCUUAAAAUAAAUAAAUUUAGAGUUGUGCCUCUUUAGUCAAACGUA